UGUGUUCCAGUGGCAGUGAUGUGAUAUGGAUGUAAAAUUAAAUACUUUUAAUUUAUAAAAAAUAAAAUUAAAAUUUUAAAGUUUAAUUGUUAAAAACAAUAAAAUUAAAUAAAAAAUGGGAGUGGUUGCGGAAGUUGAAAAUGUUAGGCCAAACGGCAUGGGUAUACGGCAUGUUCAAACUGUGUUAUUGUUCUUCGGAAUGCUGUUCGCGUUCACAAUGAGAGCCAACAUGAGCAUGGCUAUCGUGGCUAUGACUGACAGCAGCAAAGACAAGAGUUACGACUGGGACCCAUCAAUCAAGUCAAUGAUACUCUCCUCGUUCUUCUGGGGCUACGUGGUGCUUCAGAUCCCAGGGGGUAUGUUGGCGAGGAAGGUCGGUGGAAAGCUGCUAAUCACCAUAUCCGUGGCGGUGAACUCUCUCAUAUCCCUCUUCAUACCUACUGGAGCUGCUAUUGGUGGCUGGAGAGUAGUAUGUGCCUGUAGGAUUCUGCAAGGGUUGACGCAGGCGUUCGUGUACCCAAGCAUGCAUCAUCUGAUAAGCCAGUGGAUACCUUUAGAAGAGAAAGGUCUGCUGAGUAAUUUCAUCUACGCUGGUGGUCAACUAGGGACUUCCAUACAGCUCAUCGCAUCAGGAUUCCUCGCCGCCGCGUGGGGCUGGCAAGCCAUCUUCUACACCAACGCAACCCUGGGUGCGAUCUGGACUAUCACUUACAUAUUCCUAGGAUCAGCCUCGCCGGAGCAGUCCAAGUUUAUUAAGGAAAAUGAGCUGCUGUAUAUACAAAGGUCAUUGGGAAGAGUUGGAGAGCAGAAGAGGUACCCGACGCCCUGGUUGAAGAUCAUGACGUCACUGCCUUUCUGGGCAGUCAUCAUAGCUCACUGCGGGCAGAAUUGGGGUUUCUUCACUCUGAUGACUGAAAUGCCUACCUACAUGAGUAAAGUGCUUAAUUUCGAUCUCAAAAGUAACGGCAUGUUAUCCUCGCUGCCAUACUUAGCUAUGUUCCUGCUUAGUUUUCCGAUGGGGGCAAUGACCGACAUAAUAUUAAGGAAGAACUGGCUUAGCGUGUCUAAUACUAGGAAACUCUUCAAUUCUAUUGGUCUAUGGGGUCCAGCUAUAGCCAUGAUCGGGCUAUCGUACGCGCCUGCCGGGAACUCCAUCUUUGCUGUGGUCAUGCUCGUCCUGGCUGUGGGAAUCAAUGCUGGCCAGUUCUCAGGAUAUAUGUUGGUACACAUAGAUUUGGCGCCCAACUUCAGUGCUCCUCUGAUGGGCAUCACCAACUUCCUCGCCAAUAUUAUAUCCAUCAUCUCACCCCUGGUUUGUGGAGCCAUCGUCAGAGACGAGACAGACACAAGCGAAUGGAAGAUAGUCUUCUUCGUGGCUUCAGGAGUGUACUUCUUCACCAACUUAUUCUUCGUGCUAUUCGCCACGUCUGAAAGGCAGCCUUGGAACGAGCCGAAAGACGAUAGUAUUGAUCUUGAAAAACUCCCGGCAGAGAGUGGAACCAAGUCCUAGUUGUUGAAGUUUUAAGUGCUUAUAAUAAUUUUAAGGAGGGAAGUUCACAGAGCAGCUUUUCAAUGAGCUUCGUAAUUUCAAAGAAGCUCCUAACUUAUGCAGGAGUACUUUAAAUAUCUAUCUAUUUAUUUAGGGUUUAAAUGAAUGUAAUAAAGCAAUUAAUGUAAUAAGCUGAAGUGAGAAUUAACAAACGUUACUUAUUUGAAACGACAAUAUUUUUUUAUAAAAAAUGAAAAAGAAAAGCAUAACUCUACUUGGCAUUAUAAUUAUUCAAUGACGAUAGAAUAUUUGUAUAUUUACCUCUAUAUUUCCUAUUUUCUUGUGAUAUUUGUUUUAUUAAUUAUAAUAUUAAUA